CUUCCGCCUUCCUGCUUCUGGCCUGGCGCAUAUAGAAUUUAAACCUUCUCUCAGAAGUGUGGAGUAGAGCUAAAGAAGAAGACAACAACCAGGGGUCAUCCUUCUGAAAUUGUAAUUGGCUCACUAAUCCAGGACAAAGUUAGAGAUCACAACUCAAGCAUAAGUCCCCUUUUCCUAACACCAUUACAAAGAUGUUUGACAUAAAAGCUUGGGCUGAGUAUGUUGUGGAAUGGGCUGCAAAGGAUCCAUAUGGCUUCCUUACAACCGUUAUUUUGGCCCUUACGCCAUUGUUUCUAGCAAAUGCUGUACUGUCCUGGAAACUGGCCAAGAUGAUUGAGGCCAGGGAAAAGGAGCAAAAGAAAAAACAAAAACGCCAAGAAAAUAUUGCAAAAGCUAAACGACUGAAAAAGGAUUGAAGGAAUGAACAGGCUCUGCAACCAGAGGAAACUCAUUUGGGAAAUUAUGCAGCUUUGGAAGGACCCUCUUAAUACAUCCUGUGGAGAAAAAAUGACUUUAGAUUAUGAACUCUACUCAAAUACUGGCUCAAAAAGGGUUCUGUUCUGGACAAAGGAAACUAAGAAUGUAAAAAUGAGAACUGUCCUGAGGUGAAAAGUAUGUUUUGGCUUAAAAAGAGAUACAGCAUAUUAA